AUGUUCUACGAGACUCUCUACGCUCAUGAUGCCAAAAUGGCAGCUCACCAGCCCAUGCCGCACAGAGCUGCCGCAAAGGCCUCUUCGCGCAACAAUCAUGCCUCGAAGCCGCAGUCGCAGCGUCUCAAGGCACUCGAUGCAGAUGACCUGACCAGGAGGCUGUACGUCGUGCUGGCUGAGCAAAAGGCCCAAGCCGAGAGGAAGAAGCGCGCGAGGGCAGCCGUCGAGGCCGAACGACAAGCAAACGCCGCGGCCGUGGCACGGAAUGCCAACGUCUUGCACCCUGGCCAGCACGGGAUCCCAUUGGGGCCAAUGGUUGCGUCUACGCAGAUACAGAAGAGGGAGGCCACGGCGGCCAAAUCACAUGUCAGAAACGCACCUCGAGACUCAAACGAAUAUCCGCCCAAGGCAGAGAAGCUGCACAAGGCCGGCAUGAAAAAUUCUACCUCAUCAUCUAGCAACAGGAAUUCGGAGGAUGCGCCGCCGCCAUCAAACUACCGUCACGUCCCGCAGGUUGCUGCUUCGCAAUUUGCCCGCACCACAACCACCGAGACGGUGACGGAGAAGCACCUCGUGCACAAGCUAUCCAGGCAGGCCGUCAAGUUUCACAUGCAAGGCCCCAAUGCCAUGGUGGCGACGGACCUUCCACCGUCCGAGCAGAGCAAGGCACUCCGAAGGGUGCAGAGCAUGAGAGAGAGGCAGUAUGAGCGGAACCAGUUCCAGCACACCCACUCGCUCGCCGCCACGGCCGAGGUAGACGAGAGACCCGCGUCCACCGCUCCUCACACAUUCCAAGAAUAUCUCAAAUCUAAAAGUCUAGACCCCCUUGACGAAACGAACAAGGAAACGCGGAGGAGAAGUAUGGGUGCUCUCAUCGGCAUGAUGAUGCCGGCGGAUGCCGAAACCGCGGAGAGGUCCAUGUCUUCGCUGGACAAUCAGUCUGACACCGUGCCGGUCAACCCCGACGAGCACCGCGUGGAUUGGACUCAAAGCGACGAAGCCGCAAUUCUGCUGCAACAGAGGCAGCAGCAAUCACCACCACCACAACAACCUCAAUCUCAACCUCAACAGCAGCCGCAAAAGAGCGCAGCCGGCCACGGCGUUUUGCGCAAAGCCGAAUCAAAAUGGGCCCUGCGGACAAAGCUCGGAAGUUUCAGCAAGAAAGGCGACAAGCUCUCUUCGCCAACCGAGGAGAAAGACACCGAGCCCCUCACCGAGACACCAAAGUCUCCCACGACGAAGACAGGAGGGCUCUUUGCGCGAUUCAAGCGUUAG